ACUGGUCUACACAGAAAAAAAAAUGGCUAGAUACGCAGCAACACCAGCUAACCCAGCCAAGUCCGCCUCUGCCAGAGGAUCGUACUUGAGAGUGUCAUUCAAGAACACCAGAGAAACCGCUCAGGCUAUCAAGGGCUGGAAGCUCGAGAAAGCUAAACAAUACCUGGACCAAGUUUUGGACCACAAGAGAGCCAUUCCAUUCAGAAGAUUCAACGGAUCUAUUGGUAGAACUGCUCAGGGUAAAGAGUUUGGUGUUACCAAGGCAAGAUGGCCUGUCAAGAGUGUCAAAUUCAUCCAAAGCCUUCUUGAAAACGCUGAAUCUAAUGCCGAAGCCAAGGGCCUCGACGUCUCGAAACUUGUCAUUUCUAACAUCCAGGUGAACCAAGCUCCAAAGCAAAGAAGAAGAACCUUCAGAGCCCACGGUAGAAUCAACGCUUACCAAUCUUCUCCAUCCCACAUUGAGCUCAUCUUGACCGAAGAGGAGGAGGCUGUUGAAAAGGCUAAGGAUGAGAAGAAGGUCAGAUUGAACUCUAGACAAAAGGGAAGACUUCUUUCUCAAAAGAGAUUGACUGCUGCUUAGGUAGUUAGAUAUUUCAAUAUACUAAUUGAGAGUUGACGACAUUAACUAUGUAACAUCUGUUUUUAUUUUCUUGCGCGGCAGACUAUCGGUGCUGCUCUCCCAUUGCACAGACUCCAGCCCUUUGCCAGAUUCCAGCUGACUCUUUAAAAACUCGUAUUGCAUGAUGAACCGUGGUCGAGUCACUACUUCGAAUUGGAUGAAUCUGUAGAGAUCCGGGUUGUCAGAUUGGGAUCGCAGACCUUUGAAUAGGUCCACGAUAUCGCCAACAGACAGCUUAGAACAGUGAAUGCUGUCUUCCUCAAUGGUCAGAUCGCCAAGACUGCUGCAUUUGAGAAUUAAUUCGCGUUCUUCUUUGAACGGAUGCUUGGCUUUGAGACGAGAGAAAAACAGUUCAAGACUUAGCCCAAAUAUAUCUUCGCCGAAAAGAACGGUGAGGUCUUUGAAGUCAGCCUCUUCUGGAACGCUAGGCUGAACCAGUUUGUAAACCUCUCUCCCCAAAUCAAUGUAAAUAGGCACUUCAUAUGACAGCCCAUUUGACUCCGUUACCACUUCAUUUGGAUCUUCUUCUGGUGCGUCCUGGUUCUCCUGGUUCUCCUCGAUCUUGCCUAUCUGUCCAGACUCUUCAUGCUCCUCCUCUCCGGCCAGCUCUUCGUCUGUCAGGCCAACUUCUUCAUCCGCCUCUUCAUCCUCUUCGUCUUCGUUGUUGUCCUCCUCUUCUUUGACCUCCAAGUCUGGCUCCUCAAUUAGCUGUGUCUCGGGCUCCUGUUCCUGUUCCUCUUUUUCUUCUUCUUCUUCGAGCUCCACAUGGUCGCUUUCAUAUUCGAGCUCGCUUUCCCCGUCAACGGUGUUUUCAGUUCUGUCGUCAACAAGCUCUUGCCCUCGCGUCGCCACGUCUGCCGCGUUUGGCUUUUCGGUGUCGUCGUCCAGCAACGAGCCCACACUCUCUAGUUCUACAUCUUCAUUUUCAACACUCACCUGUUUUUUCGGUUCUAGCUGGGCCUUUUCCCGAGUUUCAAGAACCUCAAUAUCCAUUGCAAU